ACCGAAACUGAACUUUUAGCUUGCUGCCUCAUGUGCAAGUGAGUCUGGCGUGAUUACUGCGAUUAUCUUGUUAUAACUGGACUGCCACUGACAUGGAAACAUCCAAAACACCUGUGCCACCUCCUCCACCGCCUUCAGUAUCAGUUUACAGGCAAAGCAGUGAGGUGAAAACCCAUGAUGACGAACCACCAACAAGCUUCGAAAAAGCGUUUGAACGGCAACUCCAUCGCAUAAUAGCUGGCUCCGGAGAAGCUUUCGUUGUGUCCAGGGUUUCGCUGUUGAGGCCCGUUCUUCAAGACGGACCUCAAUGCGGCCUCGUGGCACUUAGCAUGGCCUCACAACUGCUCCAGGAUGAUCCAGUGAGUGUUGAGGCGCUUUUCGAGGUGGCCAAGUCGCUUCAGUUCACCAAGAAAGGAGAAAUGUUUUCAGUUGAAAACAUGAAGACUCUAGCCGAGGUGUGUCUACGAGGGCCUCGCGCUAAAAUUUUGCGCAGUGAGCGUCGAGAAGGUAUCAUCAGAAGUUUGUUGGAUAGGAAGCCGGUGUUAAUACCGUAUGAUUCUGAUGGAAAUUUUGAACCUUGCCUGAAGAAUGGACAUUCAGCUCAUUGGGCUGUCCUUCAUGGAAUCUGCUUGGUUCUACAAAAGUCACCUUGUAUCGAAGGUUUGCUGGCGAAUGUUUCAGAAGUGGACUCGAAGUGCCCGAGCGUUUUCCACAUCUCUAAGGACAUCCCUGAAGAAGAGUUACUAAAAUUCACCCUUCUAGCCGAGAGUCCAGAGACCGGCGUGUUUGUUUACGGUACUCAGGGGAAGAGUAGGAACGUAGGUUUAUGGGAACUCGAGAUGCUUCUGAAAAGCAAUGCGAAUCUGACGCAUUUCACCCCAAAGCGUGAUAUCUCAGGGUUUGUGAUGCCAGAGGGAGGUGUUUUUGGAGGGCUGUCUGGCCAAGUGCUUCUUUUCACAUAAUUAACGAUUGACAUAGAAUGUUCAGUAAUAUCAAUCAACAAGAUGUCAUGUCAGUGCAAGAUGAGCAACUAUAGGUCUUGGCCAGUGCUUCUGUCUUUCUUUCAUCGAUCUCAUUAUAUUAUGCUUAUUCAAGCUAAUGAGAAGAGACAAUAGAGCAACUUAAUAUUGAUAUCCCUUGAGAUAAGUGACAAUUUGGCUGUUUGCUGAUGGACUCUUUCAUUUUUAUUUCAUCUUAGUGAUUGUGUUCACUUACUCAUUGCCCCCAUUUGCAUUUCAUCUAAACACAUCUGAGUUGACUGGCCAAGACAUUUGGCAGGUGUUUGCCGACUGCCAGCAGCAUACACUCGGAGCUUGAUAUAACGAGCUAUCGGUUAUAACGCAGUAAAUGAAAAAUAGUCUUGAAGUAGGUGGAGUGCAAGGAAUAUUCUUUAUAACGAACUUAUUUUGGUUUAAAGUGCAAUUUUGUGAUAAUGAGGCCUGAGUGUAGCUGCUAGACAGUCUUUCAAGCAGAGAUUUAGCUACAGCUGGAAAUCCAGCUGCUUCUCCAUCCUUCCAUAUGUUCAUCCGUCGAACUUGUGCCGUUUACGCUGCCAAGCUCCUCAGGCCUUUCAGUUCCCUUUUCCGACGCUGUGGUGAGCGUUAAACCUCAGUGUAUCUACCAUGUGACUACCUGGUCUAUUUUGAUGCCAAGUCCAACUUCGCCGAAUCAUGUUGAAAACGAGUCGUGCCUUACAAUCACCCUUUGUGGAAAUUGUACAUCAUCCUUCAAGGUCGAAAGCUACAUAAAGACUAGUCAUGUGCAUUCUACUUUUUUUUUGCGGAAGUGUCACUUCAGCGAGCUGCUUUUUGCAUGUCCUGUGGUGCCUUCUUCAUCCGUUAUCAUGUGACGCUUCCUUACCAUGUUCGUUCAGGUGUCUUCUUCACUUUCUCCAUGUUUCUUCUUUUAGACCGUGAAACAAUCUCAGACUUAAAUAUGAAAAACACCUGAACAAAUUCGCAUUGACAUGUCCCGAGAGCUGCAACUGUCGUUGUCAAUGAAUAAACCUGCUUCUAUCUCGUCUUA